AUGGAUGCGCAGAAUGCCGCCGAGUCGGACCAGACGAGGCCUGCUGGCGCUUCCUCUCAGCAGCGGCCAAGCUCUGAGACUGGCAAGAAAUCCAAAUCGCCAACCCUCGUGAAGGCCAUGUCGCCAGCACGGGAUCCCAAGCCCAAGACUGGCCUUGCCACUGCUGACGAUGCUUCCGCCUCCUCGUUGACUGCCCGCCCCGACGAUGCACCAGAGGACCGCGACUCCGACGCCGAGACCAUCGUGCUGCCAGGCAAGGAUGGCCACUCGCCCUCAAAGGCCCGGAAAGUGAGACAGGAGGACAGGAGCGAAAGUGAUGGUGACGCUUCCAAGGGAAACGCCGCCAACGGCAAUGGAAAACACACUCAUGAUGGCGAAGGAGCAGCCGCCUCCGCAGCUGGCAGCCGGCUCGUCGAAGGUGCCAGGAAGAAGCGCCCGUCCGUCUCUGCUGGUUCCUCCGCCGACAAGGACCGUCGACCUCGCAACAAGGAAGCAGCUUCAAGUGGCAUGAGCUCUUCACCCGUUUCUCCACUCCAUAACCUGCAACAACAAAACCAAAACCAUCAUCCUAACCGAAGGCGGCGUUCUGACGCUGGCCCCUCAUCCCCAUCAGAUUCCGAACAGUCCCAUCAUAAGAUAUCUUCAAAGGCAUCUCUACGCGAUAAGCUCAAGUCAGGCGAACGGCUCGUGCCGCACAAACGCAAAGCACCCAAGAUCGAGUCCGACGAAGAGGCCGACAUUCGCAAGGCGCGCCGUCAGCGCACAACAAGCGCCGGUGUCGAUACUGGUCGACACAAGGAUUCCAGAUCAUCUCAUCCAAAGAUUGAAGGCCGAAAUCGAUCCGUAUCCCCCCCAUAUCGACAACAUCGACGAAGUAUAUCUACGCAAUUUCCGUCACAGUCAUCAAACGGCCUGGGUAUCAAGAAACGACGCCUCCCCCCACCUCUCCAAUCUACAGACUAUCAGUCGGACGACUCAUCUACGGGCGGCAGCCCCCAUCCCCGCAGCUCCAAAUUACGUAGCUUGGCCACUCCGGCUUCAGCCGAGGCAAAUGUGUCGCCGGCCAAGAUGGGACCUCACAAAAAACACCUCGAUGCUCACGGGCAGACAUUAUUAGCCCGCGCUUGCGCCCGUGGCGAAUACGAAGGGGCAAAGCAACGGCUGCAAGAACGACCCGAAGACCUGAACGUCGCUGACUAUGCUGGAAAUACGCCUCUUCAGAUUGCCGCAAUUAAUGGAUGCGAAGAUAUUGUUAAACUCCUGAUCGACGCUGGGUGCAAUUUAGAAUGCGUCAAUUACGACAAGGACACUCCUUUGCUUGAUGCUGUCGACAACGGUCACCUUGGCGUGGUGAGGCUGCUUCUCGAUGCUGGCGUGAACCCGCGAAAGGCCAAUGUGAAUGGGGAGGAACCUAUCGACCGUGUCAGCGACGAUACUGAUAAUGCAGAAGAAAUCCGUGCCGCCAUCUCUGAAGCUAAAAAACGUCAGGGUGACAGGCGAAGAACAUCAGAAGACCGACACUCACAUGGGGAAGGUCACGAUACACGCGACUCUCAUGCCCCUGACAGCCCCCGACAUUCGCCAGCUGCAACAACCUCAACCAGCACAGGUCGCAGAAGCGGAACUGUUCGCUCUACCAAGACCAGGAAUGACCUGCUCUACAUGCCCUUGGAUGACAAAACCUUGCGGCAAGCUGCCGGUCGUGGCGACGAGGAAACGGUUGCCCGCAUCUUGCAAGUCAAGGAAGGAUACGACGACCCUGAAUCGAUGGUAGCUGCAGCUAGAGGAGGUCAUGACUUGGUGAUCCAACUAUUGCUGGGCUUGGGUGCAGCGAAUGCCGACCCCGGCCCCGUUCCCUCACUUCCUGGCGAAUUUGCGACACCCAUUCUCGCAGCGAUUGGUCAAGAAAAUAUUAAGGUUGUAGAAUUACUUUUAGAACAGCAGGGAUUCGAUCCGACUCGGCGUUUUAAGGGAGAGACGUAUUACGAAAUAGCCAAGAGACGGCAAGGAACAAACUGGAAGGAGGAGGAGACCAAACUCAAAGAAGCCUACGAUGAAUAUAAACGAUCCCACAAGGAUGGUCUUAAAAUGAAAUCCCCGGGGGGCCGACGGGACAAGGCUGCAAGGCGGGACGACGCAGGGGAAGGGCCGAAGUCCAGCAGACGACGAAUGUCAAGCCCGUCUCGAGAUGUAGAGCUCAAGAAAAAGUCGUCGAAGUUGGGCAGCCCCGGAGAAAAAAGACGGGCUAACUCCAUCAACCAUAGAGGAGAUGACGAAGUUCCUAAGAGGGGCCCUGGUCGGCCUAAAAAAGAGCAUUCGGCUAUCUCAGACCGCGAGAUUUCGCCUGCCCUGUCAUACAAGACUCAAAAGGCAAAGCGAACAGACUCAGACGUUGCCGCCAUGUCCUCGGAAGGUGAGGCCGCGAAGCCGAGACGAAAGCUUGUUUCGAAGGGUGAACUUCGAGGUGAACGAGAUAAGCACAAGCGAAUUUCCUCUCAUAAGGAGCCUUCUAGCCCGCGAGAAUCUCGAAGCGACGAUGUUCCUGAGAAGCCGAGGUUUUCUGAGAAAUACCAUGACCGUGCCAAGGCACUCAAGCGAGACGAAUCGCGAGAUCGACCAUCAGGGGACGGCUCAGCCAAGCGGCAUCGCACAAGUGUGACGCCUGACCACCCCAGUGAUUUUGAUAAAGAUGGCAAUGAUGUCCCAGUUAAGAGACGCCGUCUGGAUGCUGAGAGCCAAGAAUCUCGCCAGAAGCGGGUGCCUUCCGAAGAUGGGCGGCAGCGCAAAUCCAGCUCAUCUCGUGAUGGAUCUUCUAAGGCUUCAUCUACUUCCAGCCACAAGGAACGUGAAGAUGGCAAGAAGCGUGAUUCUGAAAUGAAAAAUUUCGGACAAUGCGCAUCUGGUGAGAAAUCUAUUUACGUUAAGUCCGAAGAUGUGGAUAUACCGAUGCCUGAUCUUGAGCCUGCAAAGGACACGGAAUCUAGGGAUAUGGACAGCACAAAGCAGGAAGAAGAAGCAGAGCAAGCCAGGCUGAAAGAAGCUGAAGAAGAGGCGGCCAAAAAGAAGAGGGCGGAAGAGGAAGAACAGGAAAAAAGGCGUCUCGAGGCAGAAGAGGCAAAGAAGCGCGAAGAGGAAUUGGCUCGGAAAGCCGCGGAGGAAAAGAAGCGCCAAGAAGAAGAGGCUAAACAGCGUAAGGAGCAAGAAGAACGCGAGCGUCGUGAAGCUGUUCAGCGUGAAGAGGAAGAGAAAAAGAAGCGGCUCGAAGAAGAGAAGAAGAGGAAGGCCGAGGAGGAGCGGAGGCAACGCGAGGAAGAGGAGCGACUUCAUCGAGAACAGUUGGAACGCGAGGCGGCCGAGGAGGCACGGCGACAACGUGAAGAAGAAGAGCGAAAAGAGCGCGAGCGCCGCGAACGUGCCCAUCGAGAGGAGAUGGAGCGCAAACGUGCAGCACGAGAGGCUGAGCAGAGGCGUCAACGUGAAGAGCAAGAACGUGCUCGUCUUGAGAAACUUCCUCCUCUCCUCCGUUGGCUAGACAUGCACCCUGGCCCGAAAACCGGAGCUAUUGCCGAGAAGUUCAAGAACGUGCUGGGUUUCCGGUACGACACCAUCCGGCAAGAUGCAACGGGGACUGCUGAAGGCCGUGAGCAGUGGCUUCUCAACACCAAUGUGGCCCUACUUCUUGGCGAGAAAGACCUUGACCUUUCUAGAUAUACUGCGUGGGAACGAGCACCUGUCACCCACCUAAACAAGGUCCAAAUUUGGCGAACCGAGUGGCGUCAAUACACAUUACUGUCGGAAGAUCUAUGGGAUCUUGGCCGGCAACUUCCUGGCUGUUACAAUGGCACUGACCCUUCUCAGCUGGAGUUUUCCACAAAGCAACAGUUGACAGAGGAUGCAAAGAAGAAGUUUGAGACUUUGGACAUGUUCUUCGUAAAGCUCUCUGACUUCUUAUACACGGUGCCGAACAUCCCUCACCUUCGGAAUUUGCGAAUCGCAGUGAACUACCGCGAGUUAUUGGAAAACGAAUCCCAACUUUUCGGAUGGAAAGUAACCCAGAAGUGGAAACAAGACCCGGGUGCCGAACGGUUCCAUGUCUUUGCUCCACGCAAUAAGUACUAUAUCAAUGGUGUAUUUGUUGGCGAAGACCUGCCAACUCGCCAUAAAACAAGCAAAACACCCUUCCCUGAGAAGAGAGUUCCUCGACGAGGCUUGGUGCAGGUGUUCCCCGAGGACCCUGACUAUGAGCGAAUUUGCAUGGAACAGGGUCUAGAGCACUUGGUCAAGGGCCUGCAAACACCAUCACUACCAAAUGGAGACCAUUCGUCGCCGACGAUGCAGACGGCGACGACGCCGUCCAAACCGUCUGUUAAUGGCAUCAGUGGACUCGCGAAUGGAGCAAAACUUAAUGGGGCUCAUGGCACUUCCGACUAA